AUGGCACGCCUGUCGCUCAGUCUACUCUUCGGCCUCAUCGCCGUCCUGUUCACUACAUACUGCCAGGCCAAAACAGUUACCUACGACUUCAAUCUGACUUGGGUCACUGCCAAUCCAGAUGGCCUGGCAGACCGCAAAGUCGUUGGUAUCAAUGGUCAAUGGCCGCUGCCCGUGAUUGAGGUAGACAAGGGCGACCGUCUCGUGGUCAAUAUGCAUAAUGGACUGGGAGAUAAGCGUGCUUCUAUCCAUUUCCACGGCAUGUAUCAGACCAACACGACAGACAUGGAUGGUCCUUCGAUGGUUACUCAAUGCCCUGUUGUUCCUGGGAGCUCAAUCACCUAUGAUUUCACGGUCAAUCAGAAUGGGACGUACUGGUAUCAUUGCCAUACAGACUAUUGCUAUCCUGAUGGGUAUCGACAGGCGCUGAUUGUCCAUGAUAACGAGUCCUAUUUCCACGACCUAUAUGAUGAGGAAUUCACUGUCACGCUGAGUGAUUGGUAUCAUGAACUGGUUGAGGAUAUUGCUCCCGGCUUCAUCUCAUUGUCCAAUCCGACUGGAGCGGAACCCGUCCCGGACUCGUUCCUCUUCAAUGAUACAAUGAAUACCAAUAUUUCCGUCCAGCCAGGAAAGACAUACUUGAUGCGACUGAUUAACAUCGGCGCGUUUGUCAGCCAGUACUUUUAUAUUGAAGACCACACCUUUCGCAUUGUGGAAAUUGAUGGGGUAUACACGGAGCCUACCGAGGCCAGCAUGCUCUAUAUUUCAACAGCACAGCGGUAUUCUAUCCUCUUCACGGCUAAGAAUAGUACCGACAAGAACUACCCUAUCGUGACCGUUGCCGACUCGGUGCUCCUGGAUAAGAUUUCACCCAAUCUCCAGCUUAACAAUACCAACUGGCUGCAAUAUAAUCCCAGCGCUGAACAUCCCCAGGCUGUCAUGAAAGUGGACAUUGCCUCCGAUCUCAACCCCUUUGACGACAUGACCCUCAUUCCGUACGACAAGAUGGAGCUCCUUCAAAACCCAGACCACAGACUAGAGCUGACAGCGCUCAUGGACAACCUCGACGAUGGCGCUGGCUAUGCCUUCUUCAAUGAAAUCUCCUACACCAAACCCAAAGUCCCUACCCUCUACACCGUCAUGUCCUCGGGCUCUCUUGCCACCAACCCCACCGUCUAUGGCGAGUACACCCACCCUGUGGUACUGGAGGAGAACCAAGUGGUCGAGAUCGUCCUCAACAACGGUGAUACUGGCUCCCAUCCAUUCCACCUGCACGGACACAACUUCCAGCUCGUCGAUCGCUUCCCCAGCUACGGACCUCACUUCUACGACUACGCUGACGGCGAUCCCGUGGUCUACAAUGCAUCCAACCACUCUUCCUUCCCAACUUAUCCUGCUCGCCGGGAUACAUUCGUACUACCCCCACAGGGGUACUUCGUCAUUCGAUUCCGCGCCAACAACCCAGGUGUGUGGUUAUUCCACUGCCACAUCGACUGGCACCUGGUGCAAGGUCUAGCAAUGACCUUUGUCGAGGCACCGCUGCAGAUCCAAGAGCGGGUUUCAAUCCCACAGCAGCACUACGAUGUAUGCGAAGCGGCCGGGAUGCCAUUCGAAGGGAACGCGGCAGCCAACACGGCAGACUUCCUCGAUUUAACGGGACAAAAUAAACAGUUGCCCUGGCUCCCGGACGGGUUCGAGGCGCGGGGGAUCGUCGCGUUAGCCUUUUCUGCGGUGAGCGCAAUCUUAGGAAUGGGGUUCAUCUCCGUCUACGGUAUGUCGGGACUGAAGAAGGACAGAGAGGGAGAGGGGGAGACUGGGGGAGUUGCUCAAAAUGAGUGAAUGACCAGAUAAUUUGUACAUACCUCCAAUAGUAGCUGUCUUUGAUCAACAAAUUUGAUUACUUGUAAAUAACUC